CAGAGUAGGGAACUCGCGCAGACCAGCUUGCUCAAUAUACGCACAAGGAACCUGAUAGACCAUAAGGAAGUGCCCCGUUCGAAGCCCCUUGGCCGGCAUUCGACAACCGCCUACACAUUCCAGACAAUGUCCAACCCCACUCCCAGACCUAUGAUCCCCAAGCCAGUCGUCCUCUCCGCGAACAAAGUCCACACCCUCCCAAUCGAAUCAUUCUCAGACCCCGCCCGAGGCAAAGUAGCAUGGCGCACACUCUUCAGCCAACCAAAGACCCCAACGACCGAUCUAUCCGCCGGAAUCGCCGUAUGUCCAGGAUACUCCGGCUACCUCUGCAGUCAUCAUCAUGCCCAGACCGAAAUCUACUACAUCCUUGGAGGGCGGGGGGUCGUUACUAUUAACGGGGUACGAUACGAUGUCGAAAAGGGGAGUGCGGUGUUCAUUCCGGGGGACAUGGAGCAUUCCGUUGAGAAUUGUGAGCAAGAGGAGUUGAAGUGGUUGUAUGUUUUCCCGACCGGGGAUUUUGAGCAUGUCGUGUAUCAUUUUACGAGGAAGGGGCGGUCAAAGUUGUAG